CGGCCGCGGAACGGAGAACGAUCAGAAGAAGCGGUGGGAGGGAAGGAGUUGUUGAAAGAGGCGGAGAUGAGCCGUAAGGAGAAGCGAAAGGCGAUGAAGAAAAUGAAGAGGAAGGAGGUAGCGGAGAAGGAGAGAGAGGAUGCGGAGGCUAAGCUAAACGAUCCGGCGGAGCAGGAGAAACUGAAGGAGAUUGAGGAAGAGGAGGCGAAGAAGAGAGAUAAGGAGUCGAAAGAGUUCGAGGACAGCGAGAGAGCUUGGAGAGAGGCAAUGGAGGUUAAGAGGAGGAAGAGAGGCGUUGCAAGGAUCUAGAGGCUAGUAGGAGUGAUGAGUGUGUAGAAUAUGAAUAUAUAUGGAAGGAGGGCCUCCAGAUAUUAUAUUUAAGGGUAAUGAAAUCAUUCUCAGAAAGAACAAAGUGAAGGUUCCAAAGAAACCAGUAGCAGCUCAGGUGGAUGUUAAUGAGAUUGUUGACAGGCCUACAUCAAAUCCUCUACCUCCGGGAAUUGAAGCUUUUUCAAAGUAUCAGAAUUUUAGUUCUGCUCAACAGAUUCUGGAUACUGAGCAGUGCUCAGGAUAAAGCUCAUUGUCCUUUCCAUUUAAAGACUGGAGCUUGUCGGUUUGGCCCGCGUUGCAGCAGAGUUCAUUUCCACCCUGAUAAAUCGUGCACUAUACUUAUGAAGAACAUGUGUAAUGGUCCUGGCAUUGCGUGGGAGCAGGAUGAGGGGCUUGAGGUCUGUACGCGCUGCCAUCUCGUGAUGCUUACAUUGAUGGAUUCCCUUCAGUGGAGGUGCAUGAUUACAACCUGGACCGGGUUGGAGUUGCAGUUUACUUCUUUAUAUCCUACUUGACUGAUUGAUUAGCUAUCUAUAUAUGCACGCAUUUUUGUCUUAUAUUAGUGCCUCUCUCUUUCAUUUCUCGUUCUUUGAGUUUCUUAUGAAUUAUGAUUUCCUCUAGGUGGUGUUUGAUAUGUGAAAAGUGAUUUAUCCAAUGCUCAAUACCUCAGAACUUCUUGGUUUUCCUGAAUUAAGAAUAUAACAGUUUCCUUCAUGCGGGUCUGGCUGUGUUGGGCUAGUAGUGUCUGAAAAGGAACUAAUGCAUUUAUAAUUACUAUACAGAUGAGGAAGCUGAACAUUUUUACGAAGAAUUUUAUGAAGAUGUUACGGAGUUCCAGAAGUAUGGAGAACUCAUUAAUUUCAAGUUUUCUGAACCUGCAGGCUGCAAGCCAUACUUGGUAUCCAUUGACAAAACUUGUCUUUUCUCAAAAGGAAACUUUAUAUGUCCAUUUCAGUGUGUAGAAAUGGCUCAUUCCACUUGAAGGGAAGUGUAUAUGUACACUACAGAGCAUUGGUUGCCUACCAGUCCAUUAAUGGUCGAUAUUUUGCUUGUGACAUGCGAAUUUGUCAACAUCUCAAGAUGGAAAGUUGCCAUCUGUGGGGAGUACAUGAAGUCCAGGUUUAAAACUUGCUCUCGUGGAUCUGCUUGCAACUUUAUUCACGGUUUCCUAAACCCUGGUGGAGACUAUGAAUGGGCUGACCAUGACAAACCACCUCCAAGAUUCUGGAUUCGCAAAAUGACCGCUUUAUUUGGUUAUUCAGAUGAAUACGUGAAGCACAUGGAGUUUGAAUAUUCAGGGUCGUUAACUGAUUUUAGAUCAGAUCAACCAACAGAUUCACAUAGGCAACUUUCAAGAAGAUCUAGAUCAAGGGACCAUGAUCAUGUUAAUGUUGGAUCUAAACCAUGUCAUAGGAACAGUAAGAACCACUGUGACAGUACUCGUGGACACAAACUUAGUAGGCAUGAAGAGAAGCGUCAUGGUGGAGAUGAAAGUCCUACAAGUACUAGAGACGGUAGUUUAGAGAAGGAGAUUUAUAAAGAGCGACGGUAUGCUAAGGAGACAACGCGUCAUGAAAGCAAAUGGUCUGAACACUCUCAUGGACAACGGGUGAUGAAGAAAAGAAUCAAUGGGAGGUAUCCCGUUGAUGAUUCUCCUGAUGGAGAUGACGAUGGCAGGGGAGAGACGGGUCACAGACGGAAAAGCUCAAAGCGUCAUGGUAGAAGAGGCUCAGAUUCAGAAACUCAAGAACGGCUGGAGGAUGAAGAGGACACGAGAACCCAUUGGUCUAGUUCUGACAGGAGAGCAAGAAGAGAAGAGCAUAGAGAAGGAUCAUCAGGUGAUCAGGAGGAGAGCCACCAUGCACAUGAUAGGGUGGUUCAUGCAGAUAAGUCGCAUCUGGAACGAUGGAAACAUGGGCAUGAAAGAAGUACAGCUCAAGAUUUUCACACGAGGAGUGAAAGGAUUCUGACCGAAGCAGGAAAGGAAACAAUGCCGUAGAAGCUUGGGGAGUGGUGUAAGAAAAAAAAACAAUAUCUUUGAAACUUUCAUUUGAUUGGGAUACUAAUUAAAUGAUAUCUGCAAGUAUUCAAAUAGUAGAUGUCACAAAAAAACAUACUUUGACUCGUUUGUAGAGGAAAAAAAAAAUCUUUGAAGCUUUCGGGAUUCUAAUUAAAUGAUAUCUGGAAGUAUUCAGACA